AUGACGCCCGCUACGGGUGGUACUGUUGUAAGUGUGACGGAGCAAGCUGACACUGUGCCAGGCAAGUCGGUGAAGACCGAGGUGUUCCGCUCGGAGAGACCGGACGGCAGCAUCGUGACCAAGACGGUCCGCACGACGACUUGCACCACGAAGCCUGCGGACGGCGAGCUCGUGACGACGAUCGAGGUGGAAACGACGACUGAAACGGAAUCCCCGGACGGCACGACGAGCACUACAGUGGCGACGGAGACCUGCGAAGAGACGGAGACGGAGGAGAGCAGCCUCCCAAUGACGCCCGCUACGGGUGGUACUGUUGUAAGUGUGACGGAGCAAGCUGACACUGUGCCAGGCAAGUCGGUGAAGACCGAGGUGUUCCGCUCGGAGAGACCGGACGGCAGCAUCGUGACCAAGACGGUCCGCACGACGACUUGCACCACGAAGCCUGCGGACGGCGAGCUCGUGACGACGAUCGAGGUGGAAACGACGACUGAAACGGAAUCCCCGGACGGCACGACGAGCACUACAGUGGCGACGGAGACCUGCGAAGAGACGGAGACGGAGGAGAGCAGCCUCCCAAUGACGCCCGCUACGGGUGGUACUGUUGUAAGUGUGACGGAGCAAGCUGACACUGUGCCAGGCAAGUCGGUGAAGACCGAGGUGUUCCGCUCGGAGAGACCGGACGGCAGCAUCGUGACCAAGACGGUCCGCACGACGACUUGCACCACGAAGCCUGCGGACGGCGAGCUCGUGACGACGAUCGAGGUGGAAACGACGACUGAAACGGAAUCCCCGGACGGCACGACGAGCACUACAGUGGCGACGGAGACCUGCGAAGAGACGGAGACGGAGGAGAGCAGCCUCCCAAUGACGCCCGCUACGGGUGGUACUGUUGUAAGUGUGACGGAGCAAGCUGACACUGUGCCAGGCAAGUCGGUGAAGACCGAGGUGUUCCGCUCGGAGAGACCGGACGGCAGCAUCGUGACCAAGACGGUCCGCACGACGACUUGCACCACGAAGCCUGCGGACGGCGAGCUCGUGACGACGAUCGAGGUGGAAACGACGACUGAAACGGAAUCCCCGGACGGCACGACGAGCACUACAGUGGCGACGGAGACCUGCGAAGAGACGGAGACGGAGGAGAGCAGCCUCCCAAUGACGCCCGCUACGGGUGGUACUGUUGUAAGUGUGACGGAGCAAGCUGACACUGUGCCAGGCAAGUCGGUGAAGACCGAGGUGUUCCGCUCGGAGAGACCGGACGGCAGCAUCGUGACCAAGACGGUCCGCACGACGACUUGCACCACGAAGCCUGCGGACGGCGAGCUCGUGACGACGAUCGAGGUGGAAACGACGACUGAAACGGAAUCCCCGGACGGCACGACGAGCACUACAGUGGCGACGGAGACCUGCGAAGAGACGGAGACGGAGGAGAGCAGCCUCCCAAUGACGCCCGCUACGGGUGGUACUGUUGUAAGUGUGACGGAGCAAGCUGACACUGUGCCAGGCAAGUCGGUGAAGACCGAGGUGUUCCGCUCGGAGAGACCGGACGGCAGCAUCGUGACCAAGACGGUCCGCACGACGACUUGCACCACGAAGCCUGCGGACGGCGAGCUCGUGACGACGAUCGAGGUGGAAACGACGACUGAAACGGAAUCCCCGGACGGCACGACGAGCACUACAGUGGCGACGGAGACCUGCGAGGAGACGGAGACGGAGGAGAGCAGCCUCCCAAUGACGCCCGCUACGGGUGGUACUGUUGUAAGUGUGACGGAGCAAGCUGACACUGUGCCAGGCAAGUCGGUGAAGACCGAGGUGUUCCGCUCGGAGAGACCGGACGGCAGCAUCGUGACCAAGACGGUCCGCACGACGACUUGCACCACGAAGCCUGCGGACGGCGAGCUCGUGACGACGAUCGAGGUGGAAACGACGACUGAAACGGAAUCCCCGGACGGCACGACGAGCACUACAGUGGCGACGGAGACCUGCGAAGAGACGGAGACGGAGGAGAGCAGCCUCCCAAUGACGCCCGCUACGGGUGGUACUGUUGUAAGUGUGACGGAGCAAGCUGACACUGUGCCAGGCAAGUCGGUGAAGACCGAGGUGUUCCGCUCGGAGAGACCGGACGGCAGCAUCGUGACCAAGACGGUCCGCACGACGACUUGCACCACGAAGCCUGCGGACGGCGAGCUCGUGACGACGAUCGAGGUGGAAACGACGACUGAAACGGAAUCCCCGGACGGCACGACGAGCACUACAGUGGCGACGGAGACCUGCGAAGAGACGGAGACGGAGGAGAGCAGCCUCCCAAUGACGCCCGCUACGGGUGGUACUGUUGUAAGUGUGACGGAGCAAGCUGACACUGUGCCAGGCAAGUCGGUGAAGACCGAGGUGUUCCGCUCGGAGAGACCGGACGGCAGCAUCGUGACCAAGACGGUCCGCACGACGACUUGCACCACGAAGCCUGCGGACGGCGAGCUCGUGACGACGAUCGAGGUGGAAACGACGACUGAAACGGAAUCCCCGGACGGCACGACGAGCACUACAGUGGCGACGGAGACCUGCGAAGAGACGGAGACGGAGGAGAGCAGCCUCCCAAUGACGCCCGCUACGGGUGGUACUGUUGUAAGUGUGACGGAGCAAGCUGACACUGUGCCAGGCAAGUCGGUGAAGACCGAGGUGUUCCGCUCGGAGAGACCGGACGGCAGCAUCGUGACCAAGACGGUCCGCACGACGACUUGCACCACGAAGCCUGCGGACGGCGAGCUCGUGACGACGAUCGAGGUGGAAACGACGACUGAAACGGAAUCCCCGGACGGCACGACGAGCACUACAGUGGCGACGGAGACCUGCGAAGAGACGGAGACGGAGGAGAGCAGCCUCCCAAUGACGCCCGCUACGGGUGGUACUGUUGUAAGUGUGACGGAGCAAGCUGACACUGUGCCAGGCAAGUCGGUGAAGACCGAGGUGUUCCGCUCGGAGAGACCGGACGGCAGCAUCGUGACCAAGACGGUCCGCACGACGACUUGCACCACGAAGCCUGCGGACGGCGAGCUCGUGACGACGAUCGAGGUGGAAACGACGACUGAAACGGAAUCCCCGGACGGCACGACGAGCACUACAGUGGCGACGGAGACCUGCGAAGAGACGGAGACGGAGGAGAGCAGCCUCCCAAUGACGCCCGCUACGGGUGGUACUGUUGUAAGUGUGACGGAGCAAGCUGACACUGUGCCAGGCAAGUCGGUGAAGACCGAGGUGUUCCGCUCGGAGAGACCGGACGGCAGCAUCGUGACCAAGACGGUCCGCACGACGACUUGCACCACGAAGCCUGCGGACGGCGAGCUCGUGACGACGAUCGAGGUGGAAACGACGACUGAAACGGAAUCCCCGGACGGCACGACGAGCACUACAGUGGCGACGGAGACCUGCGAAGAGACGGAGACGGAGGAGAGCAGCCUCCCAAUGACGCCCGCUACGGGUGGUACUGUUGUAAGUGUGACGGAGCAAGCUGACACUGUGCCAGGCAAGUCGGUGAAGACCGAGGUGUUCCGCUCGGAGAGACCGGACGGCAGCAUCGUGACCAAGACGGUCCGCACGACGACUUGCACCACGAAGCCUGCGGACGGCGAGCUCGUGACGACGAUCGAGGUGGAAACGACGACUGAAACGGAAUCCCCGGACGGCACGACGAGCACUACAGUGGCGACGGAGACCUGCGAAGAGACGGAGACGGAGGAGAGCAGCCUCCCAAUGACGCCCGCUACGGGUGGUACUGUUGUAAGUGUGACGGAGCAAGCUGACACUGUGCCAGGCAAGUCGGUGAAGACCGAGGUGUUCCGCUCGGAGAGACCGGACGGCAGCAUCGUGACCAAGACGGUCCGCACGACGACUUGCACCACGAAGCCUGCGGACGGCGAGCUCGUGACGACGAUCGAGGUGGAAACGACGACUGAAACGGAAUCCCCGGACGGCACGACGAGCACUACAGUGGCGACGGAGACCUGCGAAGAGACGGAGACGGAGGAGAGCAGCCUCCCAAUGACGCCCGCUACGGGUGGUACUGUUGUAAGUGUGACGGAGCAAGCUGACACUGUGCCAGGCAAGUCGGUGAAGACCGAGGUGUUCCGCUCGGAGAGACCGGACGGCAGCAUCGUGACCAAGACGGUCCGCACGACGACUUGCACCACGAAGCCUGCGGACGGCGAGCUCGUGACGACGAUCGAGGUGGAAACGACGACUGAAACGGAAUCCCCGGACGGCACGACGAGCACUACAGUGGCGACGGAGACCUGCGAAGAGACGGAGACGGAGGAGAGCAGCCUCCCAAUGACGCCCGCUACGGGUGGUACUGUUGUAAGUGUGACGGAGCAAGCUGACACUGUGCCAGGCAAGUCGGUGAAGACCGAGGUGUUCCGCUCGGAGAGACCGGACGGCAGCAUCGUGACCAAGACGGUCCGCACGACGACUUGCACCACGAAGCCUGCGGACGGCGAGCUCGUGACGACGAUCGAGGUGGAAACGACGACUGAAACGGAAUCCCCGGACGGCACGACGAGCACUACAGUGGCGACGGAGACCUGCGAGGAGACGGAGACGGAGGAGAGCAGCCUCCCAAUGACGCCCGCUACGGGUGGUACUGUUGUAAGUGUGACGGAGCAAGCUGACACUGUGCCAGGCAAGUCGGUGAAGACCGAGGUGUUCCGCUCGGAGAGACCGGACGGCAGCAUCGUGACCAAGACGGUCCGCACGACGACUUGCACCACGAAGCCUGCGGACGGCGAGCUCGUGACGACGAUCGAGGUGGAAACGACGACUGAAACGGAAUCCCCGGACGGCACGACGAGCACUACAGUGGCGACGGAGACCUGCGAAGAGACGGAGACGGAGGAGAGCAGCCUCCCAAUGACGCCCGCUACGGGUGGUACUGUUGUAAGUGUGACGGAGCAAGCUGACACUGUGCCAGGCAAGUCGGUGAAGACCGAGGUGUUCCGCUCGGAGAGACCGGACGGCAGCAUCGUGACCAAGACGGUCCGCACGACGACUUGCACCACGAAGCCUGCGGACGGCGAGCUCGUGACGACGAUCGAGGUGGAAACGACGACUGAAACGGAAUCCCCGGACGGCACGACGAGCACUACAGUGGCGACGGAGACCUGCGAAGAGACGGAGACGGAGGAGAGCAGCCUCCCAAUGACGCCCGCUACGGGUGGUACUGUUGUAAGUGUGACGGAGCAAGCUGACACUGUGCCAGGCAAGUCGGUGAAGACCGAGGUGUUCCGCUCGGAGAGACCGGAUGGCAGCAUCGUGACCAAGACGGUCCGCACGACGACUUGCACCACGAAGCCUGCGGACGGCGAGCUCGUGACGACGAUCGAGGUGGAAACGACGACUGAAACGGAAUCCCCGGACGGCACGACGAGCACUACAGUGGCGACGGAGACCUGCGAAGAGACGGAGACGGAGGAGAGCAGCCUCCCAAUGACGCCCGCUACGGGUGGUACUGUUGUAAGUGUGACGGAGCAAGCUGACACUGUGCCAGGCAAGUCGGUGAAGACCGAGGUGUUCCGCUCGGAGAGACCGGACGGCAGCAUCGUGACCAAGACGGUCCGCACGACGACUUGCACCACGAAGCCUGCGGACGGCGAGCUCGUGACGACGAUCGAGGUGGAAACGACGACUGAAACGGAAUCCCCGGACGGCACGACGAGCACUACAGUGGCGACGGAGACCUGCGAAGAGACGGAGACGGAGGAGAGCAGCCUCCCAAUGACGCCCGCUACGGGUGGUACUGUUGUAAGUGUGACGGAGCAAGCUGACACUGUGCCAGGCAAGUCGGUGAAGACCGAGGUGUUCCGCUCGGAGAGACCGGACGGCAGCAUCGUGACCAAGACGGUCCGCACGACGACUUGCACCACGAAGCCUGCGGACGGCGAGCUCGUGACGACGAUCGAGGUGGAAACGACGACUGAAACGGAAUCCCCGGACGGCACGACGAGCACUACAGUGGCGACGGAGACCUGCGAAGAGACGGAGACGGAGGAGAGCAGCCUCCCAAUGACGCCCGCUACGGGUGGUACUGUUGUAAGUGUGACGGAGCAAGCUGACACUGUGCCAGGCAAGUCGGUGAAGACCGAGGUGUUCCGCUCGGAGAGACCGGACGGCAGCAUCGUGACCAAGACGGUCCGCACGACGACUUGCACCACGAAGCCUGCGGACGGCGAGCUCGUGACGACGAUCGAGGUGGAAACGACGACUGAAACGGAAUCCCCGGACGGCACGACGAGCACUACAGUGGCGACGGAGACCUGCGAAGAGACGGAGACGGAGGAGAGCAGCCUCCCAAUGACGCCCGCUACGGGUGGUACUGUUGUAAGUGUGACGGAGCAAGCUGACACUGUGCCAGGCAAGUCGGUGAAGACCGAGGUGUUCCGCUCGGAGAGACCGGACGGCAGCAUCGUGACCAAGACGGUCCGCACGACGACUUGCACCACGAAGCCUGCGGACGGCGAGCUCGUGACGACGAUCGAGGUGGAAACGACGACUGAAACGGAAUCCCCGGACGGCACGACGAGCACUACAGUGGCGACGGAGACCUGCGAAGAGACGGAGACGGAGGAGAGCAGCCUCCCAAUGACGCCCGCUACGGGUGGUACUGUUGUAAGUGUGACGGAGCAAGCUGACACUGUGCCAGGCAAGUCGGUGAAGACCGAGGUGUUCCGCUCGGAGAGACCGGACGGCAGCAUCGUGACCAAGACGGUCCGCACGACGACUUGCACCACGAAGCCUGCGGACGGCGAGCUCGUGACGACGAUCGAGGUGGAAACGACGACUGAAACGGAAUCCCCGGACGGCACGACGAGCACUACAGUGGCGACGGAGACCUGCGAGGAGACGGAGACGGAGGAGAGCAGCCUCCCAAUGACGCCCGCUACGGGUGGUACUGUUGUAAGUGUGACGGAGCAAGCUGACACUGUGCCAGGCAAGUCGGUGAAGACCGAGGUGUUCCGCUCGGAGAGACCGGACGGCAGCAUCGUGACCAAGACGGUCCGCACGACGACUUGCACCACGAAGCCUGCGGACGGCGAGCUCGUGACGACGAUCGAGGUGGAAACGACGACUGAAACGGAAUCCCCGGACGGCACGACGAGCACUACAGUGGCGACGGAGACCUGCGAAGAGACGGAGACGGAGGAGAGCAGCCUCCCAAUGACGCCCGCUACGGGUGGUACUGUUGUAAGUGUGACGGAGCAAGCUGACACUGUGCCAGGCAAGUCGGUGAAGACCGAGGUGUUCCGCUCGGAGAGACCGGACGGCAGCAUCGUGACCAAGACGGUCCGCACGACGACUUGCACCACGAAGCCUGCGGACGGCGAGCUCGUGACGACGAUCGAGGUGGAAACGACGACUGAAACGGAAUCCCCGGACGGCACGACGAGCACUACAGUGGCGACGGAGACCUGCGAGGAGACGGAGACGGAGGAGAGCAGCCUCCCAAUGACGCCCGCUACGGGUGGUACUGUUGUAAGUGUGACGGAGCAAGCUGACACUGUGCCAGGCAAGUCGGUGAAGACCGAGGUGUUCCGCUCGGAGAGACCGGACGGCAGCAUCGUGACCAAGACGGUCCGCACGACGACUUGCACCACGAAGCCUGCGGACGGCGAGCUCGUGACGACGAUCGAGGUGGAAACGACGACUGAAACGGAAUCCCCGGACGGCACGACGAGCACUACAGUGGCGACGGAGACCUGCGAAGAGACGGAGACGGAGGAGAGCAGCCUCCCAAUGACGCCCGCUACGGGUGGUACUGUUGUAAGUGUGACGGAGCAAGCUGACACUGUGCCAGGCAAGUCGGUGAAGACCGAGGUGUUCCGCUCGGAGAGACCGGACGGCAGCAUCGUGACCAAGACGGUCCGCACGACGACUUGCACCACGAAGCCUGCGGACGGCGAGCUCGUGACGACGAUCGAGGUGGAAACGACGACUGAAACGGAAUCCCCGGACGGCACGACGAGCACUACAGUGGCGACGGAGACCUGCGAAGAAGACGGAGACGGAGGAGAGCAGCCUCCCAAUGACGCCCGCUACGGGUGGUACUGUUGUAAGUGUGACGGAGCAAGCUGA